UCCCCCAUUUCAACUCUCUGUCCUGGUGACUCUGGUGACUGCUCUGGUCUAGUAUUCUUCAGCUCUUCUCUGCAAUUCCAUGGCGGUUCUACCUUCAACCCCUUCUUGUUUGGAGUUAACUAUAUCAGUUCCUGGUUUCACUUCAUCCCCAUCUAUUCCAUCUUCUGGUGGUUGCGUGAUGAGGGAUUUGGACAUAAAUCAAGUGCCUUCAGGAGCAGAGGAAGAAUGGAUGAUUAUGGGAAGCGCAGAGGAUGAAGAAGAGUGCGUCGGUGGUCCUCCCCGUAAAAAGCUUCGCCUCACAAAGGAACAAUCUCGUCUUCUUGAAGAAAGCUUCAGAGAAAACCAUACCCUGAAUCCUAAGCAAAAAGAAGCUCUGGCUUUACAGUUGAAGCUGAAACCACGGCAAGUUGAAGUCUGGUUUCAAAACCGCAGAGCCAGGACAAAGUUGAAGCAAACAGAGAUGGAAUGCGAGUACCUGAAGAGGUGGUUCGGAUCGCUGACGGAGGAGAAUCGGAGACUACAAAGAGAGGUGGAGGAGCUGAGAGCCAUGAGGGUGGGGCCACCGACGGUGAUGUCUCCACAUAGUAGCGAGCCCAUGCCGGCAUCGACGCUGACGAUGUGCCCGAGGUGCGAAAGAGUGACGAGCACGAGUAGUACCCUAUCACUCGACAAGGGCCCCACAAUCUCGACGGCCAUGGUUCCCUUGUCCUUCCAUCAUCCCAAUACAAAGACCCCACCAGUCCUCCACCACUCCAGACAUCCUUCCGCCGCUUGUUAAAGCCUAACACUGGGCCCCAUUCUACACAUCAAAAUAUUCAUCGUUCGCAU